GUGCCGUGUCGGCGGUGGCCGCGGUCGACACGCAGGGCGCUUCCGCUGAGCUCGUGGUGCUGGUCCCAGGCCUGCGGAACUUCCAGCGCGCGCAGCAGCUGAGAAGUUCCCUGGAUUGGCUCAGGCACCAGAACCUGAGCUUCCAUUGCGUGGUUUACAGCUACAAGGACUACAUCCAGCUGCCAGUGACCAGCGAGUUCUUGGAGCCAUGCAGUCUGCAGAUCCACAGGGGCGCCUGGAUGGACCACUUGAAGCUGCGGGUGCCUGAAAUCGACCGCGCCAAGUACGUGCUGCACUGGAUCGACUCCAUCGUUCCGGGGCCAAAUCUGGAUUUGAAGACCAUGAUGCGAGUCAUGGAGGAGCAAUCCUUUCAGCUGCUUUCACCGAGCUUCCGAUCAGAGCCCAGUUUGCUGGAGGUCACUGCCACGGGCGAGGUGAGCUCCUUGUUGGAGACAAAGGACCAAGUCUUCAUGACGCAGAUGGCCAACCGACACUCCGGGAGGGUCCUGGAGUGGCUGGAAUUCCAAUUUAGCCUCUUCUCUCGGGAGGCCUUUCUUUGCAAGCAGCAGUUCAUUCGCAACCAUAGCGAUAUCAUUCACUUGGGCUGGGGUGUGGACAUGGUCACGCCUCGGGCGUGCUCCAUGAAGGUUGGCAUUUUCGACUCCAUGACCAUGCGCAAGAACCGUUUAGACUCGGAGUCAUCCUAUGACUACAAAGCUGCGCGGGCUGAGAUGCAUUACUUGCUGGCCCGCAGCACGUCAAAGUACGGCUACAUCCACGAGUAUCCCAACCUCCUUGGCUACUUCGACGUGGAACCUCCCUUAAUCAGGCGACAAGAGGACGCUUCAAUACCAAUGCAUCAGACACUGCUGCUGGUGUUGCUGGCAAUGCUUGUAGCCGGCCUUUUCCUGAGCUUGGGUGAUUUGUCCGACCUGGGAGUGUGCCUCACUUUCUGCGCCCUGCAACUCUUCCACGUUUUCCUCCUCAAGUACCUCCUCUCGGGGGCUCUCAACGCCCCGGCGCCCUUCGCCUUGGCCGUGCCGCAGCUCCUCGCUGCCGCGGCCGUGGGGGCCGUCCGGGCGCGAUCUGCGCCGUUUGCGGCGACGUCCCACGGGGCGUUGGCGGCAGCGGCCGCGGGCGGAGCGAAUCUGAGCCUGGCCUUCCUGGACCUGCCGCUGGUUUUGGCACUUCGCUCCAGCGGGAUCUUUCUGGCCACGGCUCUUCUCCGCAGAAAUCCAGGGAGGCUCCACUUGGCUUUGCUGUCGCUGACUCUGCUGCUGACGCUUGGCCUGCUCUCCUCGGCUCCGUGGUCCCUUGGCACCGCCCUUGGCGUCCUUGGCGCUUUUGCCGCGGCGCCGCCGCAAGACUUGGCCGGACUGGGCGAUGGCCCGGCAGCUUCCCGGGCGAGCGUGGGGGCGCUGGCGCUGGCACUGCCGGCGUUGAUCUACCCGCACCCGACCGCCAGCGGCCUCCAGACAGACUGGCAAGUGCUGCAGCAGGUGGGUCUGGGGCGCGCGGCGGCUGCGGGCGCCAUCGCGGCGGUCAGCGCCGGCAGCUGCGAGGCGGCCAGGGGCUUCUACCGGCAGAUCUCGGUGAAGCAGCAGGCUGCGGUCUUCAGCCUCCUGGGCGGUGCCUCUCUGGCGGCGGUUUACCUCUUGGAGGAUUCGCCUCCCCUGGGUGCCGCGGCGGGCGGUUGCUGCGUGGCCUUGGCACUGGCGGUGGCCUGGGAGGAGGAGCUGGGCUCGCCGAAAUCGGCUUGA